CAACUUUUAUGACUUUUCUGUAGUUAAUUGGUGCUGUUACGUAAGACCAUUUAUUCUGCAACCAAUAAACAAUUAAACACAGGGACGCUGAGCCAGUCGUGAACGCGCAUUCCCCAGAGCUCUAUUCAGUGCGCGCUCACGCUGUCGGGGAACUUUGCCAGGAAACUGAAGUUGGGGAGAACCGGAAGCAGCAGGUUGGUGCUGAAAACAUCCUAAAGAUAACAGAGGAGGGAGGGCUGAUUAGUUUGUAUCUGACGAGUAAAGGAUUUAUCUUACUCAAGGAUUAAGUAGAAAUAAACAUGGCCCUGACGCAGGGUGUGGUUUUGUCGUUUUUAAUGGAGCGCGGCGGAAAAGUGAAGAACACGGAGCUUUUGAGCGCGUUCACGGCGCACAUCAACUGCAGCGAGCCGGAGCAAAGAAGUCGCAACAGGGAUCUGUUCAAGAGUUUCAUCAACAACGUGGCUGUCGUGAAACGGGUCGAUGAUGUCAAAUACGUCGUCCUGAAGAAGAAAUACAAAGAGAUGAUCAGUGAAGGAAAGUCCACCAUAUCAUCAUCACCAUCAUCAUCACCAUCAUCAUCAUCAUGCACAACACAGCAGAGCUGCUUUUCCACAUCUGAGCCUCGCUCUAUAACCAGUGCAGAUGUUUUAAAUAACAAUUCCUGGUUUUGCACAAGUCCACCUGGCUGCUAUAUUAACAGUUCUAAAGAUUUAGUCACAAAACAACAGUUUCAAAUUAGAUCAGCUGAGUGUGAUGCUGUGAUUGCUCCAGUCACUACAUCCAACCAGGAGCAAUCUUUGACUGCGCGAGUACUUAAUGUAGCUAAUAAUACCAGAGAGGCCAAAGUAGGGGCUGUUUUUGCUGUUGUGGCAAUAAAAUCACCGCUUCGUUCACAGUCUGAGAAGAUAAAAGUCAACCACAGAAUACCUGCAUGUCGCCAGAGAUUCGAGACUCCACCACAGCAGGAGAUAAAAACUGUGGAAGCUGGAAAGAAUUCACCCUGCCCAAAUCAUGAACCUGAUCUAAACAAAUCACCAAGAAUCAAAAGGAGACAGACAGUGGUGCCUAUUUCACCAGCACCGAAAAGAGGAAAUAAAGUUGGUAAACCAGGUUUUGGUGCUAAGGACUCAUCUGUGAUCCGUCUGGAGCCACGAGAACACGAGUGGCUUGUAAAGUCAGCAACAGGACGCUGGAGUCAACUCUACAGCCUCCUGCUGCAGGAUGUCCACCUGGCAGAGAAGAGAAGCUUCAUAUCUGGCUUCACGGCACUUCACUGGGCCGCUAAACACGGAAACAGCAAAAUGGUGCGCAAAAUCCUUGACGUAGGUAAAAAAGUUGAUGUGAACAUCAAGAGCUAUGAUGGUUACACACCGCUGCAUGUUGCUGCCAUUCACAGCCAUGAAUCAGUCUUAAAUUUACUGGUGCGUGAAUACAGUGCUAACUGCAACAUACGUGACAACAGUGGCAAAAAGGCUUAUCAGUACCUAAGCAAAGACCUGUCGGCUGAGGUGAGAGAGCUGCUCGGAGACCCUGCUGUUUCAUGCCAGGUCACCGAACAUGCAUUCUCAGAUGAUCAACACUUUUCAGAUUUGUCUAAAAACCUCAACACAUUCAGUAAACUAUUUCAAGCCAGUGUGGGACACAGAAAGAAAUCCAGACAUCGAUCAAGCUUCCGUUUAAUCAGUGAUGAACAGGAACAGAACAGGAAAGACUGUACAUUAGAUCACUAACACUAAUAAAGUGCUCAGAUUUGGGUUUAUGCACUUGAAUAGAUGUUUGCCAUAUCUGUUUUUAAUUUAAUUUAUAGUGAUAUUUAGCUUUUAUACCAGAGCACUGUUGAAUUCUCGCAUCUGAUUGGUCCAACAGUAGUUCCAGCUCUAAUUCAAAUGGGAGUUUUUAUAUUAAUGUGCCUGUUCUAUUACAUUAUCAUUUCUGCAUAAUCCAAGAUGUUAUUUAACGAAGAAAACAUAUGAUCAUUGCUAAGGAGAUAUUUAUUUAACAUUUGUGGAAGGAGUCACCAGUGUCACUGGUUUUGUAACAGUCGGUAAGUUUUCCAUCGCAAGAAAGUCUUUAGGACUGAGGACUUUGCUCUUUACAGUUUCUUGAUAACAUGACAAGCUGUGUAUGUGUGUGUGUGUGUGUUUAAUUAUUAUUAACUUAACAUUUUAAUAUGCUAUUAUAGGAAAAUAAUCCACUUCUGGGUGGGAAUGACAUUAAUAUUUACAGCAUUUAGAAGACACGGCUCACAGAAGUUGUUUGUAGUCUCAAUCAAAAACACAUCCUCAUGCUAGUUUACUAGGUCAUGGACCAACAGCACCAUUAAGCUAAACCAUAUUGGAGGAGGUUAGUACAACAUGAAAGAAAACACAGCAUCACGCCAUCCUAUUGUGGAUUAUUUUCAUGUAACAACACACUAAAGUGUUUUAUUCCUUAUUUAGCCAUACUGAUGGCAGGAAAGACUGUAUACUGAACCAGUCUGUUCCACUAUCACUAAAAAACUGCCCAAAUUAGAGUUGGUGCACUUGAAUAGACUUUUACACUGUGUCUGUUGUUAAUUAAAAAAAAUCGUUAUUAAUUUAAUUAAUAGAGAUAAUAAUGCACUUGAAUAGAUUUUUGCCAGAACAUAUCUGUUUUGCAUUUACUUGCUAGUGAUAUUAGGCGGCACACAGCUCCAGGAUCCCCUGUUAGAUCCUAAACUCUGAUUAGUGUCUGUGUGGAGUUUCGCAUGUUGUUCCUGUGUCUGUGUGGGAUUCCUACAGGUUCUUCAGUUUCCUCCCACCUCUCAAAAACAUGCAAGUAGGUGGAUUUGGAGCUACAUGUGUCCCCGAUUCAUGCCCUGUGUUCCUGGGAUAGACCUCAGAUCCACCAACACCUUGACUAAGAUAAAGCGCUUAGUGAACAUAAAUAGAUGAUAGUGAUAUUUUACUUUUAGAUAAGUUGAGAACAGCAAAAGACUAUAUAUAUUUUUUCGUCUUUCAGCUGCUCCCAUUCUGGGUCACCACAGAUGAUCACCUGUCUGCAUAUUGAUUCUGGCACAAGUUUUACACCAGAUGCACUUUCAGACACAACCCUCCCCAUUUCUGGGCUUGGGACCAGCACUAAGAGUGCACUGGCUCAUGGACUCUACAGUGGAGUUAGAUCCCUGACCAAGGGUCGAACCUGGACCGCAGCAAUGAGAGCACCGUGUGCGAGCCACUAGUCCACCAGGCAACCAGCAAAAGACUAUAUAUAAAACUGCAGAAUUUUCCACUAACAUGAAUGAACUUCCCAGUAAAAGCUGAUGCACUUGAAUACUUGUAAACUUUUACACCAUAUAUUUUGUUAAUUAAUUGAUAUUUAUUAUUUUAGUUAAUAAAUAUAGUGAUAUUUUAGGUGUUUAGCCAAGUUGUGACUAAUUUGUGCAUAGACUUUUCAGACAUUAACCACUGUCAAUUUGAUUCAGUGAGCUAUAAUCUAAGUUUUGUUUUAAGUCUUGGGUAAUUUUAUUUAAUUUUUUUAUUUAACAUCAUUAGCCUUAGCUAAUUGUUGUCAGCCACACAAAUGGUGUUACACAUAUGACCAUGGUGCAGUAUAUUUCAUUAAACGAUUUGAGAAUCCUAUACUUUUGUUCCGUUUUAAAAGAAAUGUCACAAAUAGAUUUCAUUUAUUUCAGAUUUCAGAUAUUACACUAUAAUCUUGCUUACAGCAUGACAAGUAAGUGUAAUGGAUGUCCCUGCCAAAAGGACAGUUGUAACCAAUGUACAAUUUGUCUUUAUAUUGUUAUUGUAGAAAAUAUGAAUAAUGUACACCUGUCUCUGACCCUGAUUGUGUUUGUAGACAAAUUACAAAAACAGUUUUUUUUUUGUCUGUGGUAUUGAAAAUGUCAGAGUGUCAUCUUUUUCUUUUUUUUUCUGAGCACUGAAAUGUUUUAGUGUUUAAGGCUGUACUAGUGCCUGGAUGAUUUCAAUCCCACGACUGCCAGGAAGUCACUGUUGGGCCCUUAGAAGCCUUUAUCCCUCAACUAGUCAGAUAUAUAAUUAGACUGUAUUCCACAUUGUAAGUAGUUCUAGAUUAAAAAUGAAUAGAUGUAAAUUCAAAAGAAUAAAUUGACCAUAUAUUUUUAUAACACUUCUUGUAACUGGUAAUGAAUUAAUUACUAGACAUUGAUUAUUUGGUAUUGUUUGUCCUUCAUAUUUUUAAAUAAGUGAAAUUGUUGAAGAUAGUUCAUUAAAGUAUUUCAAAUUGGAGUAGAAAUCCUGUCCAUAUUUUCUUCUUUAUGAAUGACUACUUGCUCAUUUCUGUCAUAUCUGAUUCUGUGACUGUAUGUGGGAUGUGCUGAGAAAAAACUGGCUGAUUGUGCUGGAAUAAAAGAACGAGUCAGUCUGU